CUUUUUAAUGGCUUCACCCAAUCUCCUUUUCUCUCUCCGCCCCACCAGUUUUCUCUCUCGAACGCUCUACCCAGAUAUCCGAACUACAGUCUACAGAACCUUAAACCCAACACCAUAAAUAGUAUUACGGAGGACUUUCCUCUUCCCGCCCUGUUCUCCCAUGUAUUCCACUCCAACACCAGUCACUUCUUCUUCCAAUCUUCUCUCUCCCCCAUUAUUAUUCUUCCUAGCCUCACCGUCGUCCCAUUUUCCUACUCACCACCACCGGCAACCAAAACAGUCCAAGAAUCGGAAAAUCUUGGCCAUGUGUGUCAGUUACGAGGUCGGUGGAGGCUUCUCAGAGCAGGAAUUACGCGUCCAAGACAGGAGUAGAAGGCGAGAACCAGAAAACCCCAAAUUGGACACUGCCCAGUACGAAGCUCUCCUCAAAGGAGGUGAUCAGGUCACGUCUGUUCUUGAAGAGAUGAUCAAACUUUUAGAAGAUAUGAACAUGGAUGAAGCAUCUGAGCAGGUGGCAGUGGAGUUGGCUGCACAAGGGGUUAUCGGGAAGAGAGUUGAUCAGAUGGAGUCAGGAUUUAUGAUGGCCUUGGAUUACAUGAUCCAACUUGCUGAAAAAGACCAGGAUGACAAGCGUAAGUCACUCUUGGAGGUGAUCAAGGAGACUGUGUUAUCCCAUCUUACAAAAAAGUGCCCCCCUCAUGUUCAAGUGAUUGGGCUUCUCUGUAGAACACCCCAGAAAGAAAGCAGACAUGAAUUACUUCGCCGAGUAGCUGCAGGUGGUGGUGUAUUUCAAAGCAAGAAUGGCACAAAAGUUCAACUCCCAGGGGCAAACUUAAAUGAUAUAGCUAAUCAGGCUGAUGACUUACUGGAGACAAUGGAAACCCGGCCUGUUGUUCCUGAUAGAAAGUUGCUUGCAAGGCUUGUUUUAAUCAGAGAGGAAGCUCGAAAUAUGAUGGGUGGUGGCAUAUUAGACGAAAGAAAUGACCGAGGUUUGAAUACUCUCCCUGAAUCAGAGGUGAACUUUUUGACUAAGCUUGUUGCUCUGAGACCUGGGAGAACUGUACAUGACAUGAUAAAAAAUGUAAUGCAAGGAAAGGAUGAAGGUGCAGAUAACUCCGGCAGCGAUGAGGAAAGUACUAGUGGUAUGGUUUCUAGUGGUUUCACAGGAAGGGCUAGUGUUUCAGGACGCAGACCACUACCUGUACGUCCUGGCAUGUUUCUUGAAACUGUUUCCAAGGUGUUGGGUGGUAUAUAUUCUGGAAAUGUCUCUGGUAUCACAGCACAACAUCUGGAAUGGGUUCAUCAGAAGACGCUUCAAGUUCUUCAAGAAAUAGCAUUUUAAAUUUUCUUAGGCAGGCACCAGAAGCUCCAUCAUUUCGUACACCCGUUUUUGAGCGUCAGGUUCAAUGAGGAGACAUAUAGUAGGUCCAUACUAUCUCAACUCACAGCAUCACUUUUUGUGCAUUUCAAGGCAGGGGCUGCAAUAGCUAUUGGAUCUUUCUAUUGGUAUAUGGACAACUAUAUGACUGAUGUUAUCCUCCAACUUUACACAGAGCCACAGGUUCAUUGUACGAACAUGUUUAUUAGUUGUUUAACAUAUUGUCACAUAACACGAGUAGUUUAAUGAUUUUGUAAUAGAUUUGUCUUUUCGGUAUAGAUCAAUUGUACCAAGUUACUAGCAUUCCAUGUAACACAUCUUGUCUUAAUUAUACGAGUAACUUCAUUUUCAACCCCUUA